AUGGGUGAUGCAAUUGUCGAACGUCUUGAAAAAAUCGCCCUCCGAAUGGAGGAAAUACUCGAAUUUGGAAAAACAAGAAUUGUUAAUAAAAAUGCGGAACAAACCGGCAAAAAAACACCUCGUACUGUUGAGCUUUACGACGAUUUUGUAUUAGAAAAUAUCGAAAAGUUCUCGAUCAUAUCCAAUGAUAUUGGCGGGGAGCUUCAAGAAGCAAGACUUUUCUGGGUUGCUGCUGAAAAGACACCAUCAGUUAAUAUUCAAAACGCUAUUGAAGCAUCAAUGUUUUACAUAAACCGCGUGUUGAACAAAUAUAAAAAUACUGACAAGAAACAUGUCGACUGGGCGAUCACAUGGAAGAGCGUUUGGGAAAAGAUGUUCGAUUACGUGAAACAGAACCAUACAAAUGGUCUUGUAUGGAAAUCAUCUGUGAUAUAUGCAAAAGCCUUUGAUAUAAAGCCGUCUGCUCCUCCAUGUUCUGCUCCAGCUCCACCACCACCGCCACCUCCACCAAAGAAUCUUCAUGGCAAUUUGAAAAAUGCCGAUAUGUCUGCACAAAGAGCAGCACUUUUUGAACAGAUUCGUCAAGGAACUGAUAUUACUAGUCAUUUAAAAAAGGUGGCGGCUGACAUGCAAACCCACAAAAAUCCGGCGUUACGUGAGAAAAAAUCGAACAUUGUCUCAGGAAACAAAGAAAAUGUGAAAACCGAUGCCCGACGGGAUGGAAAAAUUUAUUUGCAGGAUGAUAAACAAUGGAAUAUUGAUUAUGUGAAUAACAAUCAUGAUGUUGUUUUGAAUGUUGCGGAUAUGAAGCAAACUGUUUACAUUUAUAAAUGUCAGAAUUCCAUUAUCAAGAUUAAUGGAAAAGCUAAUACUGUAACAUUGGAUAGCUGCUACAAAACAUGCGUCGUUUUUGAUAGCCUUGUUGGUCAAUGCGAACUGAUUAAUUGCAAGAAAAUUCAGGUUCAAACUCUUGGAGAUCUUCCAAUGAUAUCGAUUCAAAAAACUGAUGGAUGUCAAAUUUAUUUGUCGAGAGCUGCACAAAACGCCCAAAUUGUCUCAUCGAAAUCGGGCGAGAUGAAUAUUAUGGCUCAACUCGAUGAAAACAGUGACGAAUAUACCGAAAUGGCGAUUCCGGAGCAAUAUGCUCCUAUUAUGGUUCUUCAAGGUCAUCUGGGUGAGAUUUACACAGCAAAGUUUAGCAAUGAUGGAACAUGUCUGGCCAGUGCCGGCUAUGAUAUGCAGAUUUUCUUAUGGAAUUCAUUCGACAAUUGCGAGAAUUUUGCACUUCUCAAAGGUCAUAAAGGUGCUGUCAUGGAUUUGAAGUUCAACACGGAUUCGACACAUUUGGUUACGGCGAGUACGGAUCGUACAACGCGAGUUUGGGACAUGCAAACAGGCGCUUGUGUGAGAAAAUUCCGCUCACACACUGAUAUUGUGAACAGUGUUGAUGUUUCUCGUCGUGGUCCGGAAUUGAUCACAACCACUUCCGAUGAUGGCAGUGUAGUUAUUCAUGAUAUUCGAAUGAAAGAUGUCAUCAAAAAGUUUGAAAACAAAUAUCAAGAGACGGCUGUCAGCUUCAACGAUACUUCGGAUCUCGUAUUAUGUGGUGGGAUUGAUAAUUUAAUCAAGUGUUGGGACAUCCGUCGAAACGAUAUUUUGUUUACAUUGAAUGGUCAUCGCGAUACAAUCACCGGCAUUGAGCUUAGUCAUAAUGGAAAUUACUUGAUUUCAAAUUCGAUGGAUUGUUCUCUUAAAUUGUGGGACAUCCGUUCAUUUGUUGCCGGCGAACGACUUGUUCAAACGUUCUAUGGACACCAACAUAAUUUCGAAAAGAAUUUGCUGAAAUGUAGUUUCUCGCCUUGUGACAGCUACGUUUCCGCUGGUUCAUCUGACCGUUUUGUUUAUGUUUGGGAAGUGGCCAGCCGUCGAAUCGUCUACAAGUUGCCUGGUCAUUUGGGCAGUGUCAAUGCUACAGAUUUUCACCCGACACAACCGAUACUUCUUUCGGCUGGAAGUGACAAAAGAAUCUAUCUCGGUGAGAUCGAGCUCUCCGAUUAUUAA